GUUUUUAAAAAGCGCCAAGAAAGGAAAGAAAAUGAGGAAGUAAGGACGAAGGACCGAAAGCUCAGAAACACCGUCAAAUGUUGCAUUUGUAACGGAGAGUAACCCAGAGGGAGUGGUCAAUUCAAUAACUGAGAAGACAAAAGUUCAAGAUCUGAAGAGGUAACAAACCAGAGAAGAAACUUGAGAGGUAAAAUACAACUGGGAAGAGCAAGGAAGCUUUCUGAGGAGACAGGAAGGAGCUAUCAAGUAAAUCUUAUCCUUUUCUGAUUUGGGAAAGAUUGUUCUUUUCUCCAUGGCUGCCCCAACAGGCAUAGAACGCUUUGCUGAGGAUCUUCGCUGUUCUAUUUGCCUGGAGCUCUUUUCAGACCCCGUCAUACUGGAAUGUGGGCACAACUAUUGCCAGGCCUGUAUCACUCGGUUCUGGGCUGAGAUCCCCAACAACCAUGAGGAGGACAUGCCACCAACACUUCCUACUUGCCCAGAAUGUCGGCGUGAAAUCCCCGGUGGCAAAUAUACACCUAAUCGGGUGCUGGGACAGCUGGCUUGCAAAGCCCAAGAAUCUCUUUUGGUCCAGGCUGGUGAUGAGGACACCAACGGGGAUAAAGAUGAUGAGGAGGAGAUGCAGGGGGAAAAGCUUUUUUGUACUGAAGAUGGGUGCCUGGCGAGAGCUUUACAACCAGACCACUGGGGCCACCAGUGUCUCCCUCUGAUUGAAGCUGUGGAGCACUUCAAGGGGAUCUUAACAACAUCUCAAGCACAGCUGGAAUCCAAAAUUCAAGCAGAAAGAUCUGUUGAAGAGCAGAGGGCCCAGAAACCUCCAGAAAUCACAGCCCAACGGCUGCGUCUGGAGCAGAAUGUCUCUGCCCAAUUCAUGGAGCUCCAUCAGUGGCUUCAGGAGAAGGAGGCUGCGCUGAUCAGAGAGAUCCAGAGAGAGGAAAAACUGCUUCUGAGUGAACUGGACAGGAACCAGAGGAACAGCCAAGAGCAAAUCCGCACAGCCAAUGAGCAAAUAGCUAAAAUCCAGGCUCGGCUUGCAAUGGAACCGGACUCCGAAAGCUUCCUUAAGGAUAUCAAAGGCUUUGUAGAAAGAUACUGCCCUGGUGAGGACAAGACAAGUCCAUUUCCUGUGAUUUCUCGCGAUUUCAAUUUAGGGCAGUUUAAAGGGCCUAUUCAGUACAUGGUCUGGAGAGAGAUGUUGCUGGCCUUAAGACCUUUCCCUUCAUAUAUUACCUUGGAUCCUGCCACCAAUCAUCCCAACCUCAUGCUCUCCAAGGACCUUGACACAGUACGCUUGGAAGAUAACCCCGAAGAAGUGGUCCCGGAUGGUCCAGAAAGAUUUAGCAAGACUGUAUGCGUGCUGGGUGCCCAGGGAUUUACUUGUCAGUGCCAUUAUUGGGAGGUAGAAGUUGGAAACAAAACCAGCUGGGAUAUUGGAGUGGCCAAGGAGUCGGUGAACAGGAAGGAGGCUAAAGUCACCGUCAAGCCCAGCAAUGGUUUUUGGGCCAUUUGGCUACGGAACGGCAAUGAGUACAAGGCCCUUGACUCUCCUUCCAAACAGCUGCUCCUCAAGGUCAAGCCUCAGAGAGUAGGGGUCUAUUUGGACUAUGAAGGAGGACAAGUCUCUUUUUACGAUGCUGACACCAUGACCCACAUCUACACCUUUCUGGAUGACUUCUACGAGUGCCUGUACCCCAUGUUCAGCCCCGGGGUCAACAAAGAUGGCCUCAACGGUGAACCCCUCUGCCUCCUGCACCCACGGAUCUAGCAAGGACUAUAUGAGUCAUCAUGUGAUGUGAAUUAUGUCCAAUCGUUCUUUGCUGGUGACCGAGUUCAUCUUUGCUGGGUUUUCUGAACGGCCAC